AUGGACCCAACACAAACUCUACCUGAAGGCUUCGCUCGUUUGUCUGUGAAUCCCCAACACGAGGCCAUAUCCCAAGAUACUACCCCAUCGCUGAAUCGAGUAGCACCCGAGCGCGAUCGCUUCACCGACGAAGAUCACAAGCCCCCCGAUGCGGAGAUCAUGGAAACAUUCAGCGCCUUUCGGAAAAUUAAUGAGGAGCCCGGUUUACCUGCGCUUCUUUCUGUCAUCACUAAUGUAGACGAGAGACUCGUAUCUCUCUCUCCGCGUGAAACAGGAGGACUGCUAACGCGCCAGCCGUCCAUCACUACGGUCUUACAAAAAGCAUGGAAAGAAGCCUCAUUCAAAGAAGUGCGACAAUUGGAAAUCCUUUGGCCUGCAGUGCCAGCCGCUCCAAAAUGGCGCCAACGACGGUUCAACGAGGAUGCAGAACUGACCACUUUGAAGUCCGCCUGGCAUGAUAGCUACAUCGGAAAUAAUCAUCAACUCCUGUUCGCCAAUAUCAGUGCAAUUUUGCCAACAAGCAAACCAUAUUCAAACCAAAUCGCCAUUGUUCAGAGCUCCGGUACGGGAAAAUCUCGCAUGGUCCACGAGCAAGCGAACGUGGUUUUCACCAUCCCGUUUAAUCUACAAAAAAGCGUCGAAAAGCAAGGCUUGGCGUUCCCCGUCCCUGACGAUGCUGUUCGUGACUACCUCGUCGCAACUUCCCUAUCGGAUGACCAAAACAUCCUGAAAACCAACUACUUAAAUUUCCUCGCUGGUGUGUUCACGCAAGUCAAUAACGAGCUGGAGAAAUGUCGGGAAGAAUUGAGUGUGAAGCAAAUUAGAACCUCUGAAGGUUUAGCAAAGUGGUGGUCAAGUCACCUUGAAGGUGUGCGCACGGGACUAUACAAGGCAGCGAUUGACGGUGCCAAGGAGGCAAUUCAGAAUCUCCCUGAAAUCCAGCAGAAGCAUGAAGAAUUACUCAUGAAACGUCGAUCGAAACUCGAGGGCUCCAAAGAUUCUGAUCGUACCGAUUACAAUUUAAAUAUGGUUAUUAAGUUUGCCGCAGCGGAAUCAGCGAGAGUCGCACUAGGACAACUCAUUAGAAAGCUGGAAGGCUGUGAAGGGUCGCAGCGAAUCAAACUCAUAAUCUACUUCGACGGAGCACACACUCUCACCGAGGUGGUGCCCACGAACGACAAAGAGAACACACUUCACGAUUUUCUAUGUUCAUGUCUCAAUGAAUUUUUGGCCUCUCCGAUAUUUUGCAUUUUUCUAUCGACGGGUUCGAGGUUGGCCCAGUUUGCUGCUCCGCGGGCCUUUGCCACAUCUGCUCGCAUUCGCGGCGGGAAGGCCGUAACGCACGCACCAAUUACUGAAACACCCUUUGACUGCUGCGGGGACCUCAUGGUCAAACCAGGCAAGUUGACUACCAAAGAUAUCAGCACAAUUCCAUUCAUGGCGCAAUUUGGGCGACCGUUAUUUUGGGCGCUGUUACGAGGAGCCGGGCUUGAGGCAUCACAGCUUCAUACAGAAAUCUUGGCUUUGGCACGCGCGAAGCUCGUUGCUUCUCGUGAGAUCAACAAUCGCUAUGACACCUUCUCACCUGCUGCAAGACUAGCAGUUCUAGAUAGCCAAUUGUCUCUGGACUUUGAGCCUCGCCGUGAAAAGGUUCAAAUCGAAGAGGCUGCUCUGGUCGAGAGCCACAUGCGGUUCGCAUAUUCUGUUCCUGAUCACCAAGAGUACCUGCGGUCUGGAUACCCUUCCGAACCCCUUCUUGCCGAGGCUGCUGCCCAGCAACUCAGGACAUGGAGGACGCGAGAUCCAUUCAUAGCAGUCGAAAUGCUUACCGAUAUCCUCGAAACUGGCUUGCUUGAUCAUGGAGAACUGGGGGAGCUUGCCGGACGCCAACUUCUUCUCGAUGCCUACCAUCGUGCCGUCGAACUAGAACAACGUGAUUGUCCGGAGAAGACGCCUCUGAAUUUCAGUGCUGGCUGUCGUCUCAUAAACUUUAUCAUAAUGUUGUACACCGAUGAGUGUGCAAAUAUGGUUCUUGACAGCACCCCAGAUAAUUUGGAAGGAAUACAGUUCAGAGAGGCAUUCAAGGACGCCCUCAUUUGCUUCACACACUUCGGGAAAAUGGCGGACGACACUGGCAUAACCUCCACCGCCGCAUGGGCAGCUUUUAUCCGUCACAUGGCGAUCAUAUGUCGGAAUGGCCAACAUACCGUCGACUGCAUCUUACCUGUCCUCCUCUGGGACACUUGGCUGUGCGAGCAUGUCAUGACUGGUAUGCUUGUUCAGUUCAAGCGACAGAUACAAGGCGGUACUAUCGCUGAACACUCCAUCGACCAAGCUAAGAUUGGUUUUUUCCCGAAAGCGUUAGAGGAAUGCACACACGGGUCAAGCCCCACGUCCUACCGGCCGUACAUCAGCUUAAUAAUGGAGCUGGGAGUACAAGUAAAAACUCCUGAGGAAGCCAAGACCGCCACUAUAUCGUCGUUCAAGAAGAAAUCCGACAGUCGCCCUCGAACCCCGCCACCGAUUGAGGGAAGUCCGGAUCAACAUGCCAGAUACAAUAUCUUUGCAUAUGGUUGCUCCUCAACAGUGUACCGCGGCAUCGAUGCUGGUCAUAAAGCUUCAUAUGCCCUCCUCUUGAGUUCUCGUGACUUCCUCGGAGAGCAUCCGCGGAAAGAUGCGCAAUCACUCAAAGCGGUGCGGCGGAUGAAGCCAUUUUGGAAUGGGGGUGAAGAUUGUUACCACUGGGUUGAACAUGACAAUAUACUUCAUGGCCCUGUUCGACCCCGGAAGGAGGAAUUCCUCGUUGGAGAGAGCAUUGGAGCAGGAGGAGAGGAGCAGCAAAUCUGA